AUAAUUUCUCAAAUUGACAACCUAGUGCUAACUGUACAUCGGCACCGGAGGAAGGAGAAGAAAGAAACGAAACUACCUUUGAGGAUACCUUGUCUCGCAAUACAACCCAGCGUUCUCUUCAUCUUCUUCUUGGCGCAGCAAUGAUGGACUUCGAUCCUAGGGUUUACGAGAACGUCUCCAUUAAUGACAAUGACGUUCGCAACAUUGUCUUAUCAUAUCUUGUGCAUAACUGCUUCAAGGAAACAGCUGAAGCACUUCUUACUGGUACUGGAAUGCAGCAAUCUGUUAAUUACCUAAGUGACUUGGACAAGAGAAAAGCUAUUUUCCAUUUUGCAUUGGAGGGGGAUGCUAUUAGAGCAAUAGAAUUAACAGAACAACUAGCACCCAAAUUACUGGAACAAAAUGAAGAUCUGCAUUUUGAUUUAUUGGGGCUUCAUUUUGUUGAACUUGUAUGCUCAAAAAAAUGCACAGAAGCUUUGGAAUUUGCCCAGGCCAAGCUAACUCCAUUUGGAAAAAUUCAAAAGAAUGUUGAGAAACUGGAGGAUUUCAUGGCUCUUCUGGCAUACGAGGAGCCUGAAAAAUCACCCAUGUUUCACCUGCUUGGUUCUGAAUACAGGCAAAGUAUUGCUGACAAUCUGAAUAGAGCCGUUCUUGUGAUCAGCUUUAUUCUCAUGGACAAUGUAAUGGCAGCCCAUGCUAAUUUACCUUCCUAUUCUUCAAUGGAGAGGUUGAUUCAGCAAGCAACUGUGAUCAGGCAAUAUCUGCAUCAGGAGCUUGGCAAGGAUGGUCCUCCUCCCUUCUCAUUGCAGGCUUUCUUAAAGAGCUAAUGCCAGAUUUUGCGCUCCAGAAUGAAGGAUUCCUUUCACAACUGGAUGCCAUUUUCACUGCUAGUGUUGAUUUCCAUGAAGAUAUUGCAUAUAACUUAAGAAGGAAACAUGUCCAGUUAGAGAUAAUAUUAAGGCCCUGAGGUACUCCGAGCUUCCAUUAUGGCUUACAAGUUUGCAACCAGAAGAGGUUUCAGAUGUCGAUUCUGAUAUGGUGUUUUUCUCUUUUUUAUUUUGGAAGAUUAAAAGUUAUCUCACUGUGUAAUAUUUACUUAGAACUCUUGCAUCAAACAAAGCAUUUGAGCUAUAUAUUAUUUUUAAUAUUUAA